AUGCAGAGGCUAUGGGGGCUUUUCAAGAAACGCAGCUCAAAGCCUGACGAGGAGUCUGCUCCUAGAGGCAAGACACCAGGCGAGUCUGACAAGCCCGAGCCUGAUUCCAGCACAUCCAGAGCAGAGGGCUGGUUACAGCCCAGUUCGAGUGUCACCCGCAAUCAACUCUUGCGUCUCUGUGUUUUGGACGGCAUGGGGGGCGCGUUGUUUUCGGCCUGCAUCAACUUUGUCAUUGCUUACGUCAUGUACAAGACGCAGCCUCGGAACAGCCCCCCGGUACGGCUCUUUCGGCUCCCCAACAGUCUAGCAGGAGAUGCAACCGUCACAAUCUUUGCUCAAUGCAUUCUUCUGUGGUUUGUAAAGCUCAUGUCUGUUUCUUAUGACCUCGGUCGGCGGGCUGUGCAGCCGAUGGGCUUUGUCAAGGAACCAGCCGGCAAACCGAUGCGUCGGCUCAUGUUCCUACCGGAGCAGCGCGGCUCCAAGAUAGAGGCAGCUGGUGUGAGGUCGGUCAUGGCUGUUGUCCACCACGUCCUGAGGAGCCUUUUGCUUGCCUCUGUUGUUUUCCUCGUGCUUUGGCCAGCCUCGAUCGGUAUCCUUGUAAACUUGGGGGAACCCGACCAAGGCGACAGGACAUACGAGAGGCUAUGGACGCCUCAAAUCUUCAAGGCCGUUUUCGGCGGGUUGCUCGGGCUGCUCACUACCCCGACCAUGACGAUUUUUUGGCUCGUCAGAGCUGGCUGGGAAGCAAAGAGGGGACGCUUGACAAGCUGA